AUAACAUUAUACAACACUUUUUUAACAGUGCAGCCAAGUAAUAAAAACGAUAGCAUGGCAACACUGUCAACUCCAUGUCUGAGUUUAGCAAAGUGAAAUCGGCGAAAAAAAAUCAUUGUUCAUUGCUCACACGAAAAUACAGUAACUUAAGUAGUUAAGAAGAUUAUUUUCAUAAAAAGCGAAACCAGAAAAGUCUAUAAAACACACAACUCAUUUAAAUUUCAACGUUAAACUGAAUAUAUAAGCGAAACCUUAUCAACUGCCCCAAAUGUCCGCAAAUACAGCAUCCACAUCGAAUCCGACGAGAUCGUCUAACUCAACGACGAUGACUUCGCAUAUCUUAAACGCAGCUAGUACUAGUAUGCCCAGCAGACCGGCGGUACGUGCAUUAGCGCUUGAAUACAAAUCACUGCAAGAAGAACCGGUUGAAGGUUUCCGUGUAAAAUUGCUUAAUGAAGAUAAUCUCUUUGAAUGGGAGGUGGCAAUAUUUGGACCGCCGGAUACACUUUACCAGGGAGGAUAUUUCAAAGCGCACAUGAAAUUUCCACAAGAUUACCCGUAUUCACCGCCAUCUAUACGCUUCCUGACAAAAGUUUGGCAUCCAAAUGUGUAUGAAAAUGGUGAUCUCUGUAUUUCCAUAUUACACCCUCCGGUAGAUGAUCCACAAAGUGGAGAACUCCCUUGUGAACGAUGGAAUCCAACACAAAAUGUGCGCACCAUAUUGCUAUCGGUUAUAUCGCUGCUAAAUGAGCCGAACACAUACUCACCAGCUAAUGUUGAUGCAUCGGUUAUGUACCGGAGGUGGCGUGAUUCGCAGGGAAAGGAUAACGAAUACCCAAGCAUUAUACGAAAACAGGCACAGGCCGCUAAUGCGGAUGCUAUAAGAGAAGGCAUUGUCGUGCCGAUGACACUUGAGGAUUACUGCCUUAAGCCGGCACGUAAAACAUCUACAGAACCGACGCUAGACACAAAUUUCUUUGACGAUGAUUAUGAUUUGGAAACCGAAGACGAUCUACCAACCGACGAUGAUGAUGAAGACGAUGACUAUGACCUUGAUGAAGACAACACAAAUACGAAACGUAAAGAUAAUGGCACCGCGGAUGAAUCUGCUGAUGACAGUGGUAAAGGUGAGACAUCGUAAUCUCACAUUCAAAUGAAUAAUGUUUUAUUUUUUUGCUUCGGAGUGUGAAAUCAAGGUAGAAAAAGCAAAAGAUAAAUUGUGUGAGAUUUUUUUUUUAAAGAGGUGGCAAGAAAUUUUUAUGCAGCGCAUAUGUGGCAACAAAAUUCAGGAAUAAUUUAGCACUUAUGUAGUGUAUAUAUUUAUAAUAAAACAAGAAACGACAAAUGAAAAAACAAAGAAAGCACAUUUAUCCUUUUGCUAAACAUAAACAAUUCAAAUGAAAAAAUUUGACUUUUUCAAAAAAGCAAUAACGCAAAUUUACCGUAAUAUUUUUUUGUAAAUGAAAUGAUAAAAAAUAAACAGACAUGUAUACAUAUACAAUAAAUAAACAAAAUAAUUAGAAGUGUGCAGAUUAGUUUAGCAACAAUUAAGUGUUUUUCUAAAAAGUAACAAUAAAAAUACUAAAUGAAAACUUAACAAAAAAUAAUACAUGUAAAGAGUAAUAAMAAAUAUUAAAGCCAAAUAACAGAAAUUAACUGACAACAAAUAGCAACAAAAUGCCAUAAACGUAGCGCUAUAAAUAUCAACUAAAACUUUAAUUGUAUAAUGCAAAUUAGAUGCUUCGUACACUAAAUUUAUUAAAACUAUGCAUAAUGACGUCAAUUGAGGACGAAAAUAGUUUAUGUUAAAGAAAUGUAUUACCACCACUUACAAAAGUUAUUUCAAUCCAGCUAUCUCGCUGCAAAGUACCGUCAACUGACAAGCUUGAUAAUCUUUUUUACCAGCACGUGUACAGUUAUCACAAUUGAAUACAGAUACAACAGCAUUACAUUUGUCUGUUACCCUUGAAACGCGUUUACACAUUUUUAAAUAUUUAACUUUUACUUUAAACAAAAAAUACACACAACAUGUGUUGUUUAUGCAAUUCAGUUUUGAAAACAUUGAAUUUUUUUCGUAUAAUACUGCUUGUAUACACGUAUUUUUACUUAGUUUAAUUUCGACACAGCAAUACAUAGCUUGUAUUUUAAGUAUGUUUAUAUAAAUUUAUUUUGGUAUUCAUCAUAUACAUAUGCACAUGUACUGUAUUGUUCUAGAGCUAUUAUAUUUUUAUACUCAUAUGCGUACAUACGUAAUAAUUUGUAAUGUUUUAUGUCUGUAAGAUUUCGAUUUUCUGCAUUAUUAGGAAAUAGAGAGCUGGCGUUAAUGUACCAACGAACUAUUUAUUAAUUAUGUAAUUUCGUCUAUAUGUAUGUAUGUAAAUUUUCUAUGUAAUAUGUAUUCAUGUGAAUACCGGUUUUAAUAUGCAUACGCUAUAUAAAAUAAAUUUAAACAAAUUUUGACCAACAUAUUUGGAAAUGAACAACUUUCUCUAAAAUUAAAUGCACAAGUGACAACUGAAAUUGGCUCAAAGUAAUCGAAAUCAAUAACAUAUGCGGGAAACUAUUUUUUUUUUACCAUGCAACGCUAAAACUGCAUCGAUUGUAAUAUAUAAAACGUAACAAAAAUUUCAAACAAAUUUCAUGUGCUAAUGAUUGUUUUAAUUUUAAUUUCUUAAACUAACGUACAUAAAUUGUUUUGCAAUAAAGCAAAUGUUGAGUAAUGUAACAUAUUAAAAAAUAUUAAUGAAUAAUAUCAUAACAGGCGUUAUAGUUUGAGUUUAAAAAAUCAGUAAUUUUCUUAAACCUAACUUAAAACUCACAAAAUUGUCGAAUGUUUCAACUAACUAUAGUGAAUAAUUAAAUGAUUUUCAAUUCAUGUCGCAACCGUCGUUGCAUUGAAAAUUAAACAUAUUUUAAGUGAAAAUAAGGCAUAGAAAGUAAUAUACAUACAUAUACAAUAAAUAUACAUACUUGAGAACGCAUAUAUGUAAUAGCAACUGCUUAUGUAUUGACAUACAUACAUACUUUUCCUCAAUACAUGCAGAACAUUUUAUAACUAAACAUUAGAAUUCCUCUUCAUAUAAAAAUACUAAAGCUAAUAUGAAAUAUGUAGUAACUAUAAAUUGUAAUAUUCAAACUAAGUAAAUGGAAAGCUGAGAUACAGAGGUAUAAAAUAAUUGAUAUGAUGGACAUACAUACAUAAGUAUACUAUAAAUAAAUAUGUACGCUCUAAAAAUAAAUAAAUCUUUAAUGAUGAUAUUCAAAACAUGCAAUAAUAUUGUAUAACUAGUAAAUGGAAAGCUAACUGUCAAAUUCUACGAUUGUAAGAUAUAUUCUCUGAAAAAAUAUAUAACUAAUGAUAAGAUGUGACACUCCUUGCCCAAAUCUAAAACUGCACUGUUCCAAGAACGUGUAAUUCUGUUGUCGAAUAAAUCCUUCAUAUUUUAUAACCAUAUGAUUAAUGAAAGUAAA